AUGCGUCUGCAAGUGCACAUCAUCCCAGCGAACGCCGCUCCGAGCGCAACGCCGGUAUCUACAUUCCUUGAAGUCGCGCCGCCAUCACUCUCACUUGAGGAUUUGACAAGCUCAAUUACGAAUCGCUAUAGAAGGCUCUAUCCGCACCGCCCGCCCUUGAGAAUCGACAGACUGCAGGAUUCCGCCCAAAAUGACUUGGACUUGUCGUAUACGGUUGAGGAUGUGUUUUCAGAUAAAGCCUCUGAUACUUUGAGCUCAAUUGUGAGGGUCGUGCAGGCAUCGUCGGUCCGCGAGUCUUCGAUUCCACCGGAAUCUGGGCUAAGGAUAGGUCAGUUUGCCAGAAGGAAGAGGCUCAGACCAACGGGGAUGAUGGAAGAUGUGAGGGAAGCGAGUAACGAGAGAGGCCUAUCGCAUUCGCAGCCACUUUCCCAUUCUCAAUCAGUAUCGCUCCAGCCUUCACGAGAGAGUGGACGGCAGAGGUCAGGUAAGAGACAGAGGCUGAAUGAUUUUCUGGUGGGAGAUAGUAUGGACGAAAGGGAAGAAAAUCUUGCUGUCAGAAACUGGAAUAAUGAAGUAGUAUCUGACCCCCUAGUGGACUUGGGAGCUGGGGCCGGGUUUGAAGAUCACAACUAUGAUGGAGUACCCGGUGAUGAGGAUAAUGACUCUUUCAGGUCCUAUCAUUCCUCUUCCCCAGGUCCUGGGCAUGAUGACAAGUCUAUCCCUACCCCAGAGCCUAACCAAAUAGGCCCAAACUCCAAUACCCCGAUCGGGAAUCAUGGUCCCCAAUCUGAUCCCGAGACCCCCGAGCCUAUCCAACAGAGGAUUUCGCAAGUAUCCGCGAGCCCGGAACUACAUACCGUGGGGCACACCAAGGGUUUCCCUGAAGGGCAUGCAUCAUCCAGCAAUAUCAAAGACCAAGAGACUUCUCGGCCUUUACAGCCGUCGAGGAGCAGCGGACCACUCCAUUACACCCCUACCGCUACCGAAAAACUUGGCGUGAGGAGGGGGGCACUUGCGGCAAGAGCAGGUCGCCAAACUGUUGCUGAAAAACUCGCGGCAAUGGUAGAUCGUCAUGCCGGAGCAAACCAUUUUGCCGCUCCUGUAUCAUCUACUGUAAAGCCUAGCAUCUAUUCAGUCCCUGCCUCGGAUGAGGAAGAUGACGUUCUGCCCAUGCCCAAAACCCAAACCCCCAAUUCUGCUUCUAAGAGGCCUCGCAAAGCUAGCAUCGUCAGCGAAACCGCGUCCGAGGAGGCAGAUGACGAAUCUAGUCAACAAAUACUGGAGCGUGUAAUGGAGGGAGAAAAGGAGGAGCCCGAGAAAGAAAGUGAAAGCGAGAGACAAGCAAUAAGGGAAGAGAGAGAAAGCAGGGAGCGUGAGGCUAAGGAGAAAAAGGACAAAGAAGCUAGGGAGGCGGCGGCGAAGGCUGCAGAACAAAGACAAAAGGCGGCAAAGGCGGCAAAGGAGCGAGCAGAGAAAUCGAGGAUUGAGAAGGAAAGGCUCGAGAAGGAGAGGCUCGAGAAGGAGAGGCUCGAGAAGGAGAGGCUCGAGAAGGAGAGGCUCGAAAAAGAGAGGCUAAAGAAAGAGAAGGCUGAAAAGGAGAGGCUUGAGAAAGAGAAGCUCGAGAAGCAGAAACUCGAGAAAAAGAGAGUUGCACAGGAAAAAUUAGCGGCACAGAAAGCUGAGCGAGAGAGGAUUUCUCAGGAGAAAGCUGCUCAAGAACAGGCCACACAGGUCAGGGCUGCUGAGGAGGCGGUUACCCUUGAAAAUGACAAGGCUGAUGAGGGGAUCGCUGAUCUGAGAGCUGCCGAAGCGGCACUUUCUGUUACUGUUCUGAGGAAAUCCCGUAGUGGGCCGGCCCUUGGGGCUUCCCAGGAAAAGACUGGAGCACUGGAACGGGAAACAGCAGAGGAGAUGAAUCUUCAAGAAGAGAAGGCUGAUCGUGAAGGAAAAAAGAAGGAAACCGCUAAACAUAAAAGGGAACAGGAGGCUUUAGAGAAAAAGAAUAAAGAAAAGGCUGAAGAGGAAGCCAAGAAAGAACCAGCCAAAGAAAAGAAAGAAAGGGAAGCUCUGGAGAAGAAGAAACGCCUCAACGAACAAAAGGCUGAAGCGGAAGUUAAGAAAGAAGCAGCCAAAGAAAAGAAGGAACGGGAAGCUCUGGAGAAGAAGAAACGUCUUGAGGAACAAAAAGCCGAGCGUGAGGCUAAAAAGAAGGAAGCUGCCGAGGAAAGGGUUCGAAAAGCCAAAGAAAAGGCCGAGAAAGCCAAACUUGAGCGGGAAAAGAGAAAUCGGCAAACAUCCGAGGAACUUGCGCAAACGAAGGAAGGGGAGGUCCCAAGCCAGAAUUCCUUGGGCGAAAGCGAACCAGCUAUUCCUCCUACUCCUAGUCAAGGAAUGAAGAGUAACCUUAAAGGCUCGGCGGUGAAGAAGCAUCCAACUAGAGUUUCAUUUGCCACAACUGCUGACACAAGUAUACCUCCGGCCAGUCAAAUACCGAUAAAACAGACGCCAAUUCUACCACCAGGAUAUGAACGCAAUAACCAAGAAGCACCGAAUUGGGUAAAUACCAGGAAGACGCCGUCGUCGUCGUCGGGGGUAAAGACAUCUCAAGUUACGAGCGAUACUACGAAUGAGGCAUCUAAGCCCGUAACGAAUGGGACGACAUCUAGGCCUAAGACUAAAUCGACCGAGUCGAUAAAGGCAGCAAAGGUGGUAGCAGGAGGGGCAACCUCCCCAAACACAAAGCUGAAUGGGAAAACACGGGCGUCAGCUAUAAAACAGUCAAUGAAAAAGCUAGUUGAGCCCGAACCGGAGUCGGAAACAGGUUCCGAAACAAGUUCAGAGACGGGGUCCGAGACUGAUUCCGAAUCCAACGAUUCGGAAGCCGAAGCGACAAAGGCCACUGCGACCGCCCUUCUCAAGAGCGCUAAAACUAUUUCACCAACGGAAGAUGUGGAAAUGCCUGAUGCCCCAUCAUCACCUACUCCAAAACAGCCGUUUGCGGUCGCAGUCUACAAUAAACGAAGCACGUCUGAUAAGCAAGUAGAAGAAGCUGGGUCCGACUCCGAAAAGGCGCCUCCAUCUGGCCAGAAAGCUAUAGAAGAAACAGAAUCUGAGUCCGACUCCGAUUCCAAAGCGUCAGCAUCAGGCACAGAUUCUGGGUCCGACUCUGAAAGUGAUUCGGGUGCUACCGGAAAGAAUAAGCCCACAUUGGCAAAGACACUGUUCAAAGGCCGCACUUACGGUAAACGCCAGUCUUUGAGUGCGAGCCAGAGCAUCAAUGGAAGCCAGAGGUAUAAGAGCUUGACUGCGAUGGAGAUGGCUCCAAUUCCGGACGUUAGAGAAGUACAUCAAUCCUCCCAAUCCGGUCGUAAUACUUCUACUCCCAGGGCCAACAGCCCCACAAAACCCCAGAGAUCCAAGAAACCAGCUGCGCCGCAAGAUGACGAUUCCGAGGAUUCGGACUCGUCUGUUGACAGUAGUGGUAGUAGUGAGGAGGAGGAAGUCGCAAAGCCGCAGAACAAUGCUCUGAACGGGAGAAUGGCAAGUGCAAGCGCCAAGAGAAAGAGUGGCUUUGGAGGGUUUGGAUUCAAGGUCUAA